AUGAGGCUGUGGCAGUGGGCGUGCGGAUGGGUGUGGCUGGUUGGGCUGGGGGCCAUAGAAACAGCACCCAGCCGGGAGCGUGCCAGCACCUUGGUCCGGGGAGCAGAGUCUCUGCUCUUCAUAGACAGACCUGACUUCUUUGAUUACCCAGACUCAGACCAAGCCAGGCUCCUGGCUGUGGCCCAGUUUAUUGGAGAGAAACCUGUCAUCUUUGUUAACUCAGGAUCCAACUCCGAGCUCUUCCAUCACAUCCUGGUGGGCUCUCUGGUAGUGGCCUUCCUCUUCCUCCUUUACCAGUUCUGCACACACAUGUAA